UAGGUCGAAGAAGAUUUGAAGACACGAGUUGCUUUCAAUCUUUGGUUAGUUAUGAAGAUUAGUAAACAGCUAGAGUGCAGAAAAAGAUGCAGAACUUGAGAGUUUCAAUGUAUUUGAUAUGUGGCAUCCCCAUCCACAGCAAGAAGGCGAGCGAGUCGUAAAAUGAAAAAUCAUCGGUCAGGCAGCGACGUUGUCGACUGCGACCCAAAGCACAACGGCACAGCAACGACAACGAUUACCAACCGGGCACAGCGCAUACGGCAGAACGCACAAACAAACAUACGCACGCUCACACAAACACCAGCUAGAGCACAAUGAACGCGCAGUCUUGUAUUUGAAAUAAAAUCCGGAGAAGGGAAAGGGAGGACAACGAAGCGAACCACAAAAGAGAGAUGAAGAUAAAACGAGGAAAAAAUGAUGUCGAUUUUUGUUCGUCGCUCGCGUAGACUGCGAAACUUGAAAUUGAAUUGAAAAUUAUUUUUACUGUCGUUGGUGUAAAGGAGGCGAUUUUGAUGAUAAAGUAAAGUUUUCCAAGCGUAAACGAGCCAUUAUUGACCAAUUUUGAAUUGAGCCAUUACGAUUCAUCCACCACCACUAAUACCAUUGUCAUUAUCAUCACUACCACAGUUGCGAGUGUGGUACCAAUACCAGCAACCACCAGUGCAACCACUGUUUUGCUAACCAACAUUGCCAUCGAUCGAUCCAUCUGCCGAACGCGAUAGCUGCGGCGGCAAUAGCACCGGGCAUACACUUUUAGAGGAAAAUACUUUCGGAAACGCCAACGUGAUCGCCACCUUUAACACAGCAGCGGUCUUCGAUAUGACAACUAACAAGGACAUUGCGUCGUUCUUCGAGAAUGGCAACACGUACCAAUUCGAGUACUGCUAUAAACUUUAUCCACAAGUGCUAAAAUUAAAGGCAGAAAAGCGAAGCAAAAAACCACAAGAGCUGAUACGUUUGGACGAUUGGUAUCAAAACGAGUUGCCAAAGUUGAUAAAAGCACGAGGGAAGGAUGCCCACAUGAUAUACGACGAGUUGGUGCAGACAAUGAAAUGGAAGCAGUCUCGUGGAAAGUUUUAUCCACAGCUCUCGUAUCUGGUGAAGGUAAAUACGCCGCGCGCUGUUAUGCAGGAGACAAAGAAAGCUUUCCGUAAGCUGCCCAAUCUUGAACAGGCCAUAACGGCACUCUCAAAUCUCAAAGGGGUUGGCACCACCAUGGCAUCGGCGCUAUUGGCAGCUGCUGCACCUGAUUCAGCGCCAUUCAUGGCAGAUGAGUGCCUAAUGGCAAUUCCAGAAAUCGAGGGUAUUGAUUAUACCACCAAGGAGUACCUCAAUUUUGUGCAGCACAUUCAGACUACUGUUGAGCGCCUAAAUACCGAGGCUGGCGGCGAAACACCGUUUUGGUCGCCACAUCGCGUGGAGCUGGCUCUCUGGGCCCAUUAUGUUGCGAAUGACUUGAGUCCAGAGCUGUUGGAUGAAAUGCCCGGACCAGGCGCUGGUGGCGGUGCAAAUACCAAUGGUAGUGCAGUAAAGGCAGCAACACAGGCAGCUAAAAUAAUUAGUGGUGAGGCUGACGAUACAAAUGACGGCGAUGAUGAAAGUUUAGGUGCAGCUGAAAAUGAUCACACCAACACAGCACCCAUUGUAAUAGCGGCUAGUGCUUUGCAGGAUGGCGAUUCUAACUUUGUUUCGAACGACUCCACUUCACAAGAGCCCAUCAUUGAUGAGAACACCACACAGACCACUGCUACAACCUCAACCGACGAUGGCGAAGUUGGCACACCACUCGCCUCAGAUUCAGAGAGCAACUUGGAGGCACCAGAAAAGGCUAAACUUAAACACAACAACAGUAAUAGCAGCAUAAAUACAAACACAAAUAGUAAUAGCGACAUUGAAGGCAUUGGCCACCUUGUGAGCAACAGCCGACAGAAGGAAGCUGCCGCUACGGUCGUAGGAAAUGGCAACGGUAAUGGAAAUGGUACUUUAGCGAGUUUGGUUGCACCUGGUAGUGAUGGAGAAAACAGCAGUUGCUUGCGUUCAACGGGAAAUGAGGAAGGGAGCGAGGAAGAUGAGGAAGACGCAGAGGACGAAAGCAGUAACAGCAACAGCCGCCACAUCGGACAGAGCCACAAGUCAAUAACGCCAGUGUUUGGCGGUAAUGAUGCUAUAAAUUACACCACAGCCAUCGCUAGCGACUCCAACAACGAUUCCGCCCUCAGCAGUGUUGUCGGAGCCGUUGUUGCGCAGAAGCGAGCAUUGCAAUGCGCCGAUGGUGGCAGCGAAGUCGACGGAAUCUUAACAUCAGAUGAAGCACACAGUCAACCAGAGCUGAAGAAAGUACGAAACGAAUAAGUUACAAUGGAUAAGCGGUUUAACUAGAGCGUAAUUAAAAUAUAGCAUAUAGAGUGAAUGCGCGCUGCCGGUGGGGCAGGAGAAAAGACACAAACCUAAAAAAUAACGUAAAGUGCCGCAAGACGAAUGAUCGGAGUAGCGCGCGCAGCAUUGCAGGAUCACAUUCUUUAACAUUAAGUAAAAUUUUUACAGAUAACACCUUAACAAAGAAAAAAAAAAAAAACAAAAAUGUGGAAAUUAAACAGAAGAGUAAAAUAAAAGCAGCCGAACGAUGAAUGGCUAAGGAAAGCGAUUACCGACAGAAGCGCAGACAUGCUGCGUUCCAAAAAUUGCAGCUAUGUACUAGUAACAAAUGCCUUGAACUUACUCACUGAACAAAUAAAUACCCAGUUACGAUACAAUGUAGGCACAGUGCUUUUUGGCUUGUCCUAAAGCUUUAACCUCAGAUUAAGGCUGUGUACUACUGCUGCCGCCUUCUGUUGAAUUUGCAUUUCACUUUACACUUUUAAUUCACAAGUUUAUUUGGUUUUUAUUUUUUAUUCUUCAUACCACAUUAUUUUUUAAAUAAUUGAGGAGGUCUUCAAAAUAAACACCUUCUUGAAUUAAAAAAAUAUAUAAUAUUAGUUUAAAAAUAAUUUUUACUUAAUUUAUCAUUAAAGAAUAUUUAUUUCUGCAUUUUUCCCCAACAAAAAGUAACUGCAAGUAAAAGUACAUCUAAUUAAAUAACUAGUAAAAAAAAAACGUAAAGUACUUCUUUGAUUAGUUUACACUUAAUGUAAAACGAAACUACGCAAAUACAUACAUAUACUUGGAUACAAAAAAGAGUAUUCAAAAU